ACUCGGUUAUAUAAUUAUUGAAGUGCACGAGUCUUAAAGCCAUGGCACUGUCCUUCCAGGAAUAAACCUUUCGGUAACUUCCGGGCUGCGUCAUAAACUAGUUCACAUUUUCUCAAAGAAGACAUUAUAUGAUGCGAGCCAAGGUUGUUCGCGGAUAAGGCCUUGUGCGAGCCCGGCAUGCACCAAGAUCUCCAGAGUAACUCGUAGAAACAGUGCAUUCAUUGGAUGUGUCACACAUUAACAUUUCACGGCGAGUAAAACAUUACUUUGCGUGAGAAAACAGUUACGACUGACCUCUGAAAGGAAUUCAAGACCUCUUCUUUUCUCAUACACGAAGCAAUCAUCAAUACCACUCUUGUUCUCUUCGACGCCAUCUUACGUUCCUUCGGAGACGCCGUCGUCAUGGCGUGGUGCGGAUGGGUUCAGAGACGCUAUCUGGUCUCCUUCUUGAGUUUUCUCGGGCUGUGCCUCUCCUUCGGACUGCGCAGCGCCUUAUCCGUCACGUUCACCGACGUUGUGAAGACCAACGGAACAGAGGGAAGCCACAGCGAUGCUCUGAAUUCAACGUGUCCAGCUGAAGAUAAUUUCACGCUGCCGUGGAGCACGGACGAGGUGGGCUGGGUGUUUACGGCCUACGGUAUAGGCUACAUCAUCACACAGCUUCCGGGGGGAGUGCUCGCGGCUGCCCUACCAGCUCACAGGGUGUUCUGUGCUGCCACUGUCAUCAGCUUUGCGUUGUUCGCCACCAUCCCCACCAUGAUGAAAAUCGACUGGAGGCUGGUUGUCGUUAUUCGGUUGUUGCAAGGGCUCUCGGAAGGUGUUCAAAUCCCAGCCCAGCAGGGCAUAUGGAAGGAAUGGGCCCCUGAACACGAGAAAAAUAAGCUCUCAUUGGUCGCUCUUUCAGGGGCGUACUGUGGUCCUGCCAUUGCCAUGUUGUUGACAGGGUUUGUUAACUGCCAUCUGGGCUGGGAGUGGAUCUUCUACAUAUACAGCAUAGCUGGCGGAAUUUGGGGCAUACUGUGGGUGCUGAUUGUUUUCAAGUCUCCGUAUAAAGCCCUGCAUAGACUGGGACAGAAAGAGAGAGAGCUCUUUGAGGAAGAAAGGAGGAAAAAACACGCUGAUUUAUUUACGUCUGUACAAUCGGCAGCUCCACAAGAGGCGGUCAGGGCUAUACCGUUCAAGGCGAUUCUGACGUCAUUUCCUGUGUGGGCGGUGUUUGUAGCGGGCACUACGAGAAGCUGGGUGCUUCUUCUGGUCACCAAUUAUUUCUCUCAAUAUUUAGAGAAUGUGUAUAAUCCUAAUAUAAUUGAGGUAGGGUAUCUGUCCUCCUUGCCGUUCUUUGUUACCACGGCAACCGUGUGUCUGGGGGCCAUGAUUGCUGACACCUGUCUGAAAAGAAGAGUGGUCUCUAGGACCGUUGCCAGAAAGCUGUUCAACUGCGUCGGGUUUGGAGUGGAGGCCAGUAUACUGUGUCUGGUCGGGUUUAUGACGUGGUAUUUUCCCAGUAAAGUUGCUGCCGUCACACUAAUUGGGAUAUCAUGUGGAGCCAGCGGAUUCGCUGCUUCAGGUUACCAGGCGAAUCCUCUUGACUUGGCACGUGAUUAUGCCAGUAUUUUAAUGGGCAUAUCAAAACUGGGCGGCAUAGGGGGCAUGAUUAUGCCUAAAGUUGUCGGAGCCUUGACAAGCAAAGGGGAUGCAUUUGGCUGGGCCUGUGUGUUCUGGGUCACAGCAGGACUGGAGAUGGCAGGCGUAGUCUUCUACGCCAUCUUUGCCAGCGGUAAGCAGCAGUCUUGGUCGAACUAUCGCGACGCCAGGGAGCUGGAGGAUGAUAGCGCCAGGUUAAGCGCGAGGUACCAACACAGCGUGGGCGGUGGUCGCGCAUACGGGGCUCCAAAUUUAGGUGUUAGCAGGAGAACUAUUGACGAAAGUUAUGUUGAUGACGAGGAGAGGCCGUUACUGUGGUAUGCCUCGAACAGGGAGGAACAUGAAUUUACCGACUCCAUGACGCUUUACUGAAAAGUAAAGACACAGGAAAUAAGUAAACUCCCUUCCAUGGUCACAGAUUGAUUUUUCACUCGAUAUUUACAGAUACGUCUUUGAUUAAUUAUGUGCAUAUUUUUGUGGAGAAUUGGUAGAGAGUACAAAUACAUAUUAGGUAAUAUGACAUGCACUCGAUAGCCGGCGGCUAGACCGACCUGAGCUUGAUGGGAAUUGUUAAAUCAAAUAUAACAGAUAGCAUUCGUAUUGUGAGAUUCUGACCUUUUGCUUUGAUAUUUUUAUAUUUUAUUUUUGCCUUGAUAUUUUGUUCUGACAGCGGCUUUAAUUGAUUUUACAAUAAGAUCAUUAGGGGAAAUUUGGGAAAAUAUCCUUGUUGGACGCAUAAUGCAUAAGUUAUUGCUGGAAAAUGCACAAUGUACAAUAUGACAAUAUUCUCUAACCCAGGAUUCCAACACUUAAAGCAAAGCAAAUGUAAUUUUUCACUAUGUGUUCAAUACAAAACUUUUUGUACCAUGAAGUGAUUAUUUCAGACACUAAGACUCAUGAAUGAUAGGAAUAUUUAUUCCCUCAGGCUCUCAUGACACUGGAUGUAUAGUAUGUUACCCCACGUGGUAAGCCUUAAUCAUUAUAGCAUUCUAUAUUAGAAUGCAAUCCAAUGGAAUGAAAUAUUCCAAGAGACGAAUAAUCUGUCAAACUCUCCGAAGACCGUCUACAGAGACAGAGGCAGGACAGCGACAACGUUAUAUACAUGCGCUGUAAAAUUAAAGAAUAUAAUCGCCUUGAAGAUGUGAAGGUGAAACGACAGAAAUGCUGAAAAAAUUGGGCUUGGCAGUCUUCAGGUUUUCAUGUGCUGUAAAAUGUGCAAUUAUUAAAGAAUGUAAUCACCUUGACAACUGACAAGUCAGUCUUCUUUUGUGUGUGAUUAUUUUGAUUUAACAUGAUUAAAUAUAAUAAUUGUUUUAAAGGAAUUUGAACAUAUUGCAUACGGAAUGCAUUGUUCAAAUGGCGAUGACGCCAUAAUCAAAA